UGUAUCUGUCUUUUUACAUGUAUUUUCACAUUUGUUUCGUUUACUUUGGAUUAAAUAUAAUAUUUUCAGUAAAAGUAUACCUCCAUUAAUAUAUUUACCGAUGUUCUGUGUGCAAUACAUUGUCARUCCAUAUGUUGGUUCCURAUGACGUAGACUGGUGCGCAAAUCAAACACAAUUAAGUUUAUUUAACAGAAAAUCAGUCAUACGAGGUAAACAAYGCUCAAGUUGCUUUUUACUCGGCUAUUACCUGCAAGUUUACUUCAAAGGUUCACAAAACACUCUUGACGUCGCUCGUUCUCAUGUAAAGAUUGAUAUUUGUGAAUCUCAGAAGACAUCACAAAGGUUCUUUUUUCGAAGUCUUCUCAGCAUGAAUAACACGACCGACAUUAACUAUCACGUGACCUUGAUAUCCGUCGCUAAAGCAUUACCCAUGAUUCUCGUUGCUCUUGCAGCUUUCUUAGAGAACUCGCUUGUGCUGGUUGCGGUUGCUAAGAGCAAAGCUCUUCGCCAGUUGCCAGGCAACGUAUUUAUCGUAAAUCUGGCCAUCACUGACGUCAUGGGCUCAACUUUAUGUAUGCCUUUCGGCUUCGUCACUGUUAUGACACAAGGGCACUAURUUUUUGGACGUGUUGGCUGUCAGUUUCAGGCGUUCCUUAUUGUUACGCUAUCCAACGUCACAUUUCUUACACUUCUUGGAUACAGUAUCUUUAGGUAUGUCAUGAUUACCUCUACAACAAGRCARCUAACRAUUUCUACUCUUUGGAAAGGGGUCAAGAUGUAUUUGUUGUGCAUUUGGACUUUGGGAAUGGUAUUUGCUGCCUUACCGUUGGUUGGUUGGGGGAGGUUUUGCUAUUUUUCCAGCUAUUUUUCGUGCACAGUAGACUGGACGGCUGACAAAUCGUACAGCACAACUAUAUUUGUCUUGGUAUUUUUCAUCCCACAAACCAUAAUACUCKUGUCAUACUACAAAAUAUCCAAGUUUGUUCGGCGGCACAAAAAACAGUUGAGUAAAUGUCGAAAGAUCAGCCAUGCUGAACAAACGACGGUAAAUAUAAAUAAUGGUUUCAGUCAUGACAUCAGUAGAGCUUGUCCUUCAAAUGUCUAUCACCUCUCUCCUAAAAUAGUAUUUGUUAAGAGCUUUGAAGGUGAACUUGCAAAUCCUGUUACUUCAAAAAAUGAGGAUUUUAGCAAAUCUGGUCAUCCUUCACUUACACAAGUCCCACAGACUGAGCAACACAUCAAAGGUCCUACUAAGGGAAGGUCAGCGGUCAGUCUUUUAAGGAUCGUACAGCAAGAAAGACUGGUUAAAAUAUUGCUGUUUACAGUUUUGGCAUUUUACGUAUGUUGGUUACCGUUCGCCGUUGCAAGCUUUCAACAGGUCAUCGGUCAUGGAGGCACAAGACCCAAGUUCUUUGACGUCACGUCUAUGUGGUUAGCGUUUUCCAAUGCGCUGUGCAACCCCGUUAUUUAUGGGCUUCUUAAUGGUCAGUUUCGCAAAGCAUUUCGGGAUACAGUAAAAUCGAUUUAUGGCUGCUGCUUUACCAAGUAAAAACAAGAGAAAAAC